GAUGGGAAGGCCUGCCAGAAUUCAAUCUGCACGCUAUGGCCGCCAUCGGCGAUGUCACCGUGGGCUUCCGCAAGGGCGCGAAUGGGCAGCUUCACAUGGGCCUCGAGCUCCAGCAAGGCAACGAGCGUGAGCUCAUCUCCAAGGCCAUUUUGGACCAGCUAUAUGCUGCGCACCGCGAUUUGCAGCCGCGUGUCGACGGCCUCUUCACAGCGCUCAUGCACAUGAACGGAGCGUUCGAGAAGCACGGGUACGACGGCUGGCGCAUCACUUCGACGGGCGAAGUCAUCUCGGACGUUGCCAGCGACCAAACGGUUGUCGCGACCUUCAACGCAAAACUGCAGGAUCUCAAUGGGUUUAUCGUUCACCACAAGCAGCGGGCACGGUCGGUGAGUGCGCCGCCAACCCGCGACCACCGCGGCUGGAUCUGCAAGCAAGGAAGCGUCGUGAAGAACUGGAAGCGCCGCUUCAUGGUGCUUCAGAGCUGCCACUUGCACUACUUUGAGACGGACAAGCUCACGCCGACGCUCAAGCCUAAAGGGUCUUUCCAGGUCUUGGCGAUUGAACGCGCGAGUGAUCUCCAGCACGGCCUUGUUGCCAAAGGUUCGGGCAACCGCGUCUUUAAGUUCUACGCCGACGACGCGCAAUCGUGCACGGCGUGGUUCACGGCCAUUGUGUCGCACCUUCGUAGCCGCCCCACCGUCACCCCGUCCGCGUCCGCGCCCAACCUCUCGUCUCCAGCGCGGUCGCUCUCCGCGUCGUCGGCCUCUUCGUCAUCAUCUGCGCCAACGCCGCAACCACCUCGCCGCGCGUCCACGGCCGCGUUGCCAGCACCACUGUCGGCCCCCACUGUCACACCUGCCGCGCCCCAGAAAGAGACGCCAGCGAGUGCCCCUGGACCUCCCGUUGCCAAGAGACUGCCGAUUGCCACGCCUGUAUCGCAGGCUGCUGCGAUCAAGCCACCGGUUGCACCAACCAAGCCGUCGCCAGUAAAGCACUUGGUGCAUGCCCCAAGCGCGCCGUCCUUGGCAGCGCCCAAGAAGGUUGACAUAGCAUCCGUGCUCGUCGCUCUUGCCAAACAGCCGACGGGCGCGCUCUCGAUGAGCUUGAAGACGACCGAGGGCGUCACGUACCGCGUCGUCGUUGCGACCGAGCUCAACGCGAUUUACGCGCAGCACCCUCGCUUCAAGCCGCUUGUCGACGGUCUUUUCACGGCCAUGUCCCGCCUCAAUGAGCGCCUGCGCUCGCGCCAGUACAGCGGGUGGGCACUCACCAGCACGGGCACUGUCGAAUGCAGCUACAGCCCGACGGAAGCCGCGGCUUUCAACGCUGCUCUGCAAAGCGUUAAUCAGUACAUCGUUCGGCAAAAACACGCCCACCUCGGCAGAGCGCCGUCGACCGGCAACAUUGCAGCGCCUGCACCAAGCGCCAGCAACAACAACAACAACAAUAUUGACAACGUAGCGCGCACUGUGGCGGCGAACGUCCCCGUGGGCUUGGCCGCAAACCUUGUCAGCGUCUUUGUGAGCGAAGAGCUGGGCAAAGCCAUCCAAGCCGUGGCGCCGGUGCUCGAGGCUGGUCAAGCUGCGCUCAAAGAACAAGAGCGCCAGGAAUCAAAACGGAGCGCACCGAUGGCGGCGGCGCCGCCCCGCCUCGCCCAAGUGCACACGGGCAUCAUGUGCGACGGAUGCAAGGUGACUCCGAUCACGGGGCCGCGGUACCAAUCGACCAAGUAUGCAACCAUCGACGUCUGCGGUCGCUGUGUGCAGUCGCCGGCCGUGCAAACGACGUGGGGUCCGUUCCAAGAGAUGCGCCAGACAGUCGUGCACCCCAACGUUGCGUGCGACGGCUGCGGCACCAACCCAAUCGCUGGCACGCGCUUCAUCUCGAAGAAAACUCCCAACUUUGACUGCUGCGAGCGCUGCGUCGGACGCCUCCACACAGCUCACGGCCCCUUUGACGCUGUCGCGCGGCCCCGCGUUCUGACAACGCACAUCAACAUCACGUGCGACGGCUGCCGGUUGGGCCCGAUCCGCGGCGCCCGGUUCGCAUCCACGCGUGUCGCCAACUUUGAUUUAUGCCACAUGUGCACUCGGAGCCGGCGCUUUGAGGCGUCGCACGGCCCGUUCAGGCGCGUGGGCAACCGCAACGAGAAGAACGAACGCGGCGAGACGGUGACGAUCGAGGUCCAGACGGGCGGUCCGGCGCGUGACAUGUCCGAGUCCAACCACUAUGACGACUAUGACGACGACGAAGGCAUGUAUGAGUCGAACGACGGCACGUUCGCCGGCGACGAUGGGUCCAAUUUCGCUGGCGGCGAUUUGUUCGCUGGCGAUAGUGGCGUCAACGGCGUUGACACCAGUGGGGCCUUUGGGUUUGAAAAUGCCAUGGGCUACGCCGACGAUUCCGGCGGUGCGAGCUCCAUGUUUAGCCAAUUGGGCCUAGACAACAACUCGGUCGAUGUCAGCUCGUGGUUCGACGUCAGCAACUUCUCGUACGAUUUCUAAAGCCAAAUGCAGCAGCAUCGCUUGCCGUAUUUAACACA